AUGGCGAACGGUCGGCCGCUCUCGAUGAGCAAUGGGCCGUCAUGGGCACUCAACGAUAGUCCCUUUGACGACGACCAGACGACAGCGGCGCAAGCAUUCGACAGCGGGCUCGACUGUGAAGAGACGGAUCAAUUCAACCCCAAUGGCCUGGCUCAUGGCGCUCACACUCGCACAUACUCGUUCGCCGGUCCAAAGUCGCCCAUACGCACGCCCGUGAAGCCUUCGUUCAAGGGCCACCUCCGCCAGGGCUCUGCCUAUGCUCUCUCGCCAGUCUCGGCCGCCUUUCCCGAACACAUUCUCGAGCACCCCAAUGAAUCGACGCAAACCCGCGGCCACAGCCAUAGCCAGAGUACGCAAAGCACCUACAGCACCUAUAGUGCACAUAGUGUACACAGCGCACACGGCCAUUCCCACACCAUCUCUCACGACCACGACCACGACCACGACCACGGCCAUGGCCACUCACAUACCCAUUCGAACGGCCAUGCGCAUGGCCACAGUCAUGAUCACAGCCACCCACCCGCACCGCUCAAUCCAACAGUCUCUCAAGGGGAAAGCCCAUCCUUGUCCCUAGCCGAAGUCCUGACCGGCAUCCUCAUACCCCUACCGUAUCUCCUCGCAUCCGCCGCAUACUCGACACCCAACACCAACUUCCCUCCGCUGUCUGCCUAUGCGCGCCUGCAGCAGUCCGUGCCAGACGGCAAGAACAUAGAAGACUACCACAAUGCACAUCACGCUUCGAGUCUGCUGCAAGCAUGUACUUUGACAUCUGGCACUCUCCUCCUUAUCGCCAUACUAGCGACCAUUCGUGCCUCGGAGAGAGGUUUCGACAAGCGAAAAAGCUCGAAUGCUGGCCUGAACCCUUCUGGGCCACUGACGGCACAGUCAGUGCUCGCUAUGGUCACGAGCACCUUGCGAGUCGGUUUGCCAUACUAUGCUGCUAUACAGAUAGGCGGUCUGCGAGUUGGCCUGGUGCUGUUGGUUGCACUUGCCUCGGGCAUAUCCUGCUCUGAGAGGCAUUCCAAGUCCUUCUUUGCAUCCUUCUCUGCUCGGCCACUGACUCUGGCUGCAAUUGGGCUUUGUCUUUUGGCCGAUGCUUUUGGAUUGACCGUCUAUGCUGACGUGUAUCAUCUCGUAACUGGCUAUAUGGCUCUGCUCACCUCUGUCUCCCUACUACACCCGCCUUUGCCGGCAAGCGGCUCCUCCACUUCUCCUCUCAUUGCUACUCCUUCCGACACUACCACUACCCUCUAUGCAGGCGCUAUCCUCUCUGUUCUCACCAUCGGCGCAUCCAUCGUCUUUUCCAUCGCCCCCUCUGUGACACCUCUGUCAAUCACCUUUUCCACUCUCUCCAUGGCCAUCACUGCAGGUCUGGUCCUGUUUGCUCGCCCAGCACACCUUCGCACCCACAAGAAGAUUGGCUUGGCUUUGGGUUGUCUUCUGACUGCGGCUUGCUCUUUCCUCUUCUCUCCCAAUACCUGGCCUGGUACGUUUUGCAAUGGUGCCAUUGCCGCUCUAUCUUAUGUCGGCGUCCUUUACGACACUUCGCACUCUCACACCCAUUCCCACGAUCAUUCUCAUGCCCACGACACUAGCCACGCCCACGCUCAUGCUUCUGCACAUACACACUGCAAUCACCAUCAUGGCCAUCAACACCAUACUCACGCUCAAACGUCCAUCUUCACCUCAUUUCUCCUCGCCCGCUGCCGACCGGGCUCUCUCUUCCACAGCAUCCUUUGCGAACGAGAUUCUCGCCGAAUUGCCUAUUUUACCUGCCUCAACUUUGGGUUCAUGCUUGUACAAGCCUUCUAUGGAUGGGUCAGUGGCUCGCUCGGCCUCUUGAGUGACACAGUCCACAUGUUCUUCGACUGUCUCGCUUUGGUCAUUGGUCUCGGCGCUGCCGUCGCCAGCAAGUGGCCUACCAGUCCGGAGAUGCCUUUUGGCUGGGGCAAGCUGAACGUUCUCGCCGGCUUUGGAAAUGGAAUCUUCCUCAUGCUUGUCAGUGUGGAAUUCAUAUGGGAAGCUGUCGAGGGCAUCAUGGAAGGCACCGAGUUGCGCCAUGUGGAGGAGUUGCUUGUGGUCAGCACCCUCGGCUUUUUGGUUAACAUGGUGGGAUUGUUUGCUUUUGGACACGCUCACCAUGGCCACGAUCAUGGACACGAUCACUCACAUGGUCAUGGUAAUGAAAACAUGCAUGGCAUUUACCUGCAUGUUGCCGCAGAUGCCGGUGGCUCGCUUGCUGUAAUCCUCAGCACCAUACUCACGCUCUGGAAGCCUUGGUACCUGUGGGACCCUCUGGCCACCAUCGUCAUUGCCAUUCUCAUCUUCCUUGCUGCGGUGCCGCUGGUGCGCGACAGUGGGCAGAAACUGCUGCUGGUCAUACCUGAUGAGCUCGAGUACGGGCUCAAGAAUGCAUUGCAGGAACUCAGUGGCCUCAGGGGUGUGACUGGGUAUGCGGUGCCGAGGUUCUGGGUCGAGGAUGACGUAGGUGAAGGACAUGAUCACGAUCACGAUCACAGCCAUGUACACGACCAUGACCACAAUCACCACGGACACGAUCACCAUGGCCACGACCAUGACGAGCACGAACACGAAGAAAAGAGGAAAAAGAUUAUGGGUGUCAUACACGUAUUCGCUGCUCGCGCGGCAGACACAGAAGACGUGAGGCAAAGAGUCGAGCAAUACUUUUGA